AUGGAUUUACAACAAGGAUUUCAGUGGUACAUGGUACAGACAAACACGAUCAUCCUUCUACUACCUUCUCCUCCCUAUUGGAGACAAAAACUAGCCAAAACUGUUGCCCUGGGAUUUAAGAUAGCGUCCUUGAGUGAACAAAGUCGAGUUAGGGAAUUAUUUGAUUCUGUGACUUUGGGAGUAGUUCGAUCGCUUGAAAAGAAGCCAGGUGUAUUAGAUUUCCGUCUACUUGAUAGACGACAAGCGGAAAAACACAUUAUCUUUACUUGGGAUCUGAAGAACAUGUGUAUCUUGCCAGAGGACUUGAGGAGUUUUUUCCUCACAACAAAUGGACUGUUAAUUCAGUGGAUCAUCAAGUUUGAUGGUAAUUAUUGACAAUGCAUCUUUGAAAAAAUAA